AUCCCGGGCCAUCUGAGAUCUGUUUAGUUCGACUGCGUACUGUACCGCUCAACAUUUCUUGUGGAAAUCUUAAGACAGAACACCAAAUAUAGGGUGUAGAGGGAACCUACAGGUGCCAAAUUUGACGGGUUGGGCGUCCCUACACACAACACCCAACCAUGCCUUUGGUUACAAGAAAUAUCGAGCCUCGGCAUGUGUGUCGUCAGACGAUCCCAACCAAUAUCCGCAGUGAGUUGGAAUGUGUCACCAAUAUCAGUCUGGCCAACAUCAUCCGCCAACUCGGGAGCCUCAGUAAGUAUGCAGAGGAUGUAUUUGGAGAGCUGUUUGUGCAGGCUGGAGCAUUUGCUGUCAGAGUAAAUACACUGGGGGAAAGAGUCGAUCGUCUGCAGGUCAAAGUCACUCAACUGGACCCCAAAGAAGAGGAAGUAUCUCUGCAGGCCAUCACUACUCGUAAAGCCUUCCGCAGUAGUCUGACCCAGGAUCAGCAGAUGUUCACCAGACCGUCUCUGCCAGUGCCUGUUCAGGACACCUACACAACCUGCGAUCCUCCCCCACCACUCAACUACCUCAGCCAGUAUCGGGAGGAUGGGAAGGAGGCCCUGAAGUUUUACACUGACCCCUCCUACUUCUUCGAUCUGUGGAAGGAGAAGAUGCUGCAGGACACCAAGGACAUCAUGAAGGAGAAACGCAAGCAUAGAAAGGAGAAGAAAGACCACAUGAACCAACGGACUCUUAAUCCUCGGAAGAUCAAGACCAGGAAGGAGGAAUGGGAACGCCGCAAGAUGGGGGAGGAGUUUGUGGUGCCAAAGAAUGACAUGAUGAAUUCUUCUGAGGGUCUGAAUGGCAGUAUUGGAUCAGGUGAAGGCUUCAGUUCUGAACCUCUUGAGCAGAGUACUGGGUCCUAUGCCUAUGAUCCUGGCUCCCCUCUCCCCCAGCCUAGUGAUGACUUCCUGCCUCCUCCACCUCCAGACAUGGCGUAUGAUGGACAUUAUGGAGCACCAGCCCAGAACCGAGCCAGCAUGCUGAGUCCAAGCCACCCUCCUCCUGCUCCCCCCAUGUCUUCUCCCCCAGCCACCACCCGCCCCAGCCUUGCUCCACCACCCGCACCUCCUCCCCCUCCACCCCCCUCUGGCAUUGGGGUGCCCCCACCACCUCCUGGCUUCGAUGCCCCACCUUCUCCUCCUCCAAUGUCCUCCUCUCCCUCUGCCUAUCCCUCCCCACCAGCCCCCCCUCCUCCACCUUCUAUGUCCUCUGUUUCUCCACCUCCUCCACCACCCAUGCCUGCAGGUGGUGGUCCCCCGCCUCCACCUCCUCCCCCACCUCCACCUGGGCCUCCUCCUCCUCCAUCUCUCAAUGGGCCUGCUGCUCCUCCGUCUGGUGGUAGCUCGGCACCUGCUUCUACUCCCAAACCCCAACCAGCACCUGCCAGUGAUGCUCGCAGUGACCUGCUGCAGGCCAUUCGACAAGGCUUCAACCUGCGGAAAGUGGAGGCACAGCGAGAGCAGGAGAAGAGGGAUCACACUGGCAACGAUGUGGCCGCCAUCCUAUCACGUCGUAUUGCUGUGGAGUGCAGCGACAGCGAGGACGACUCCUCGGAGUUUGACGACGAUGACUGGUCCGAUUGAUCAUCAUUCCUUUUUUCCCACCCUCACGACCACCUCCACCUUCAACAACCUAAUUUCUCCUCACUUUCAAAUUCCAUUCGAACAGAGGUCCGUAUUUCGUAUGUGUGGUAUGUUAAUGUGACCUAUUAUCAGUCACGUGUUGACUCAUUUAUUUGUAUUUAUCCAAACAUAUUCAGAUUAGAGGUGCAGAAGUCCAAAGAUGAGUGUGUGUUUUCCUGGUCGUAUUCCACUUUCCAUUGCCAUUAUUGGAAAACACAUAGCUGUUAUUGAUGUGAGGGCGGAGUGUGUCAUGCAAGACUCUGCUGAGCUUGUGUAUAUACACACACACACCAUCAUUUGAUGGCUCCAUGUCAGGGAGCUUUCACACCUACCUCAUUUAGUCUGGACAUUCAAAUUUAAAGUUUGAUCAGAACCAAAUCUGCAGGUGUGAAACCUCCCCCAGACCAGACAACUGGUCUGAAGUUUGUGACCAAAGACCACAGAUGAGACUUAUGAUCAAACUGAACCGUGGUUCUAGUCUUUUCCAUGGUGAAAACACUUUUUUGACAGAUUCAGACUUUCAGAACCAAUUGCAUGAAGACAAGACUAUCUAUGCUAAUAAACAAAAGAAGAAAAACAGAAAGAUGUUAGAUACAGCCUGUGUAUAAACCAAUCAAUAGGCAGGUUUCCAUCCAAAUGAGUCACAAAUUUUAACCACAUUUUCAGAACUGUCAGAAGAAAAUGCAAAUUUAUGCUUAUCUGCAUCGACGUCUGUUAUGCAAAUAUGAAGAGUUGCUCACUCAUUAUCAUCAUCGUGGAUUCAAACUUUUCUAGUUAGUGUUUCAUACAAUAAUGUAUUACCUGAGCAACUGAUUGAGGAACUGAUAAAUCAGUUUUUUUUUGUCAAAAAUCUGGACCUGCCUUGGCUUUUGUCCCACGAACUAAACUGCUGGUCUAGAUCUGAUAAGAUAGUCUCAGUCUCUUCCAAAGGUUUUCACAGCUUCUGUUUGUCAGCUCCUCAUACAUGGGGAUUCAUUUCUAUUUUCCAUUUAAUUUGGCAUUUCUGUUUGUUUUCUUGUGUUAACUCAUUGCACAUUGCAUUCUCAUCAUGAAAUCUGGUGCAACUGCUCAUAUACACAAUUACCUUUAGUUCUAACACCAACUUUUACACCUCUACCAAGCAUAAAAACUUUGUUGUGUUCUGAAUUUUUGGCAUUUCCACUUUUUUUAUGUCAGUUGAACAUACAGAUCAAAUCAGCUGGAUCGAAACUCACUUGGAGUUAGCUGACGGCUUUAAAAUUGCUGUGUGAAAGUUAAACUACCUGGACCAAAUGUAUGCAAUGUAAAACAAAAAACAUGAACCUUGGUUCAGACUUUCAGGGGUGAAAACACCGUACGACUAUCAGGUUGUGCUUUCAUAUGACCAAGCACAUGUUUUGUCAGAUGUAAUAAUAUCACUCUGUUACUAAGGAGCAUGGAGAGAAAAUAAACAAUUGCACUCAUCCUCUUUCAUAUACAGUAUUUGUAUGUAAGAUCUUGAUGUCAAAGCAUUUUCACUCAUUUAUUGAGUAUAUGAUAUAGAUGUAAAAUUUAUGGUUUUUAUUGCAUACGAAUCAUCUUCUCUAAAAACGCAUACAACUCUUUCAAACCUUAAAGCACACAUUUUGCCACUUUAUUUUCCUUACUUUUUGUAUUAAAUUGCUUUUUUAAUGUGGUUGCCAUGGGAACAGUUGACUUGUGGAUGAGACAUGGUUAUGGCUUCAUCAGUGUAUAUUCAGUGUGAUGGGGAUGUAUUGACUCAUGUCGACACCUGGGGUGUUUGAUGAGAUCACUGCACUGAACAUAUGCAGACGUUAAACAGAAAUACCAUGAUUCACUCUGUACUGUGUUUGGUCUCUGUUGUGCAUUCCUCUCUCUGCAGUUUUUAAUCAUCCUGGGCAUGAAUUAGGCUUGCAGGCUUUUAUCACUGUGCUCUGUAUGUCGCAGAAUCGGGCAGCUUUGUUGCCUUCUGCUGCCUGUUAAGUGCCUUUUUUCCUAUAUAAUACAUUUUGGUAUCAGAUUGCACUUUGUAAUCCAUACUUGUCACUGAUCAGCUUCUUCCCAAACAAUAACAGUUGCUGUCGAUGAGUAAAAUGUAGAACUGACUGAUGUGAUGUUUAGUGUGGAUGUUUUCAGGUGCCAUUUUAUUUGAAAUUUUCUUGUGUUAAAGCACAAUCAGAAAACAUGUUUGGCCAAAGCUUUGCCUCUUCUACCUUAAAUUCCCAAAUGAUUCUAGUUAUUCCAAUAAAGAUCGAGCGAAUGACA